ACCCUUUCUUUAGACUAGUGUUGGCCCUUUUGAAGACCAGGAAGUUGCUAAAUCCCGACACCGGCAGCUGAGAGACGGUGGCUCGGGUGGGACAGUCGCCAGGGAUGGCGGAGCGUGAGAAUGGAGCGGGUGUCCGGGCUGUUCUCCUGGACGCUGAACAGAGUCCUGUGGCUCUCAGGCCUCUCUGAGCGGGGAGCUGCCCGGCAGCCCCGGAUCAUGGAAGAGAAAGCGCUAGAGGUUUAUGAUUUGAUUCGAACUAUCCGGGACCCAGAAAAGCCCAAUACUUUGGAAGAACUGGAAGUGGUAACGGAAAGUUGCGUAGAGGUCCAGGAGAUAAAUGAAGAUGACUAUCUUGUUGUUAUCAGGUUCACACCAACAGUACCUCAUUGCUCUUUGGCAACUCUCAUUGGGCUGUGCUUAAGAGUAAAACUUCAGCGGUGUUUGCCAUUUAAACACAAGUUGGAGAUCUACAUUUCUGAAGGAACUCACUCAACAGAAGAAGACAUCAACAAGCAGAUCAAUGACAAAGAGCGAGUGGCAGCCGCAAUGGAGAACCCCAACUUACGGGAAAUUGUGGAACAGUGUGUCCUUGAACCUGACUAAUAGCUGCUUUAAGAGCCACUGAACCGUAAUUGUUUGCUAUAUUUGUUUAAAUGCUUUGUAAAAUAUAAAAAGACUCAUGUUUAAUACAUAGGUGAUUUGUACCUCAAAGCCUUUUUUAAAGGAUUAUUUCCAAGUGAGAUUUAAUUAUAAGCUAGGACCUAACUUGUUCAGUGUAUAACAUUCUCAGGAUUUGUAACACUUAAGUAAUCAGACAGAAAAAUAUUUUCUAGCUAUUAUGUGUAAGAUGAGUCGCUAUUUUUCUGAUGCCCAUUCUGAUAAAACUGCUUUUCAUGUCAAACACCUACCGUGCCCAAAGGUGUUCACUUUAAAUCAUUAUUCUGUAAAAUAAAAAAAAAAAAUAUGAUUCUUGUAAUGACUCA